AUGGGAGUUCUCGAAGUUCGCUCGAUCGAUUCCGACCUGCCAGAGGCCUCUGACGUGCUACGACAAGGGGACGUGCUCUAUGAGGUCGAUGGCGUUAACGUGUACGGCAAGUCCAUCGGCUUCGUGUUUAACCUCGUCAAGGGCAAACCUGGGACGAAAGUCGACCUGACGUUCAAGAGAUUUAACGACGACAACCCUUACGACCAAGAAUACAUCAGGACGACUUUGACACGUCGGGCUCGGGCCGAGGGCUCUCAAAAUCCUCCUCCAGGGUUCGUCAGCACCAUCAAAGAUCACUCUAAGUCGAGCAAGAGAGCCAUGGACGAAGAUAUCAUCGUGUCGACCAAGACUACCUCACAGAUUGUCUUUCCCUUCACGCCUUCCAAGAGCGGAGCACAAGUUCGUCUUGGCACGAGCCUGGCGACCUCAGAGGAGCAGCAGGAGCCGAAGCUGCAGGCUCGGAGGAUGAGCAAGGAGGAGCUUGAGACGGAAGAGAAGAUUAAGAGAAACGUGGGAGGCAUCGGGAUCAGCGUCAUGGUGACCGGCAAACCUCCUCACCGGCUGGUCGUCAACCAUGUCGCUCAGGACAUGCCGGCAGCGCAAUCAGGAAUCAUCAGGGUCGGCGACGUGCUAGUAGAGGUCAACGGAGUCGAGAUGCAAGGCCUGAGCCCGGACCAGGCGUGCGGUGCAGCGUGA